CAUUUAGGGCACCUUUAAAAGCAUGAGCCCUGUUGGCUUUCAGAUGAAACUUUAUUGGGCUGGCUUUUCUCAGAAGGUGUGAAGCUCCACAGGUACCUUUGGGAGGACUGUUUGAAGUCAAUCAGUUGGAGAGCUGCCUUGAAAGUGCUCAGACUGAGCUUCAAUCCAGAGAGACACAAUGUACGGGCUGCUGUGUGAGAGUCUGCAUGACUUCAUUAAAGAGUCCUAUGGGGAUGACGUGUGGAAGCUGGUCAGAGAGAGAGCCGAUGUCAGGUUACACUCCUUUGUUACCCACCAGGUGUAUAGUGAGAGUGUGAUACCUCGCAUUGCAAAAGCAGCCAGCGGAGUGACAGGCACACCUUACAAUGAGCUGAUGAACUCCUGGGGUGUCUACUUCUUGGGCUUUGUGGGGAAGUACGGCUAUGACAGGAUUUUGAAGGUGCUGGGCCGCCAUGUUCGUGACUUUGUCAAUGGUCUUGAUAAUCUGCACGAGUACCUGCGCUUCAGCUACCCCAAGGUGCAGCCUCCAACCUUCUUCUGCCAGGAAGAGUCUGCCACUGGAGUCACCCUGCACUACAGGAGUAAGCGCAAAGGCUACCUGCACUACGCCAUGGGUCAGCUGAGGCAGAUGGGGAAACAGUUCUAUGAUACUGACAUCCAUGUGGAGGUGCUGUCUGAGCAAAUGGUCGGAGACUACUCCCAUGUAACCAUGAGACUGAACUUUGACAACUCAGCCUACCGCUACAUCAUGAAAGAGGAUGAGGAAGAGCAGGAGAUUCUGCCAAUUACCUCAGACUUCUUCUUUGAGGUCUUCCCCUUCAACAUUGUCUUCAGACAGGACAUGGUGGUGCACAACGUUGGCUCCGGCCUGGCAACAGUGUUUCCUGAUCUGGAUGGAAAGAAGAUCAAUGACGCCUUCCUGCUAGCUCGCCCCCUGGUGGAGUUCACAUGGAACAUGAUCAUUUCCCACCCCAAUAACCUGUUUGAGAUCAUGUCCAAGGAGCCCGUGAAGAGAGAGAGGAACCUUCACAACCGAGUCCAGAAUUCUGACUAUGAAAAUGCCAACCGCUCUGCUGAUGUAGACGUGGAGCUCAUGGCUUUCCAAUCAAUCAUUGGAGAUGAUUACAAAGACGGUAACAGCGCUAAUGCCAUGGAGAGCUGGGGCGAUGGGAGCCGCUGCCUAAAACUAAAAGGACAGAUGAGAUACAUGCCAGAGUGGGAGUCCAUCAUUUUCCUGGGAACCCCUGUGAUGGAAAGUCUAAGUGCUAUGUUCAAGACGGGCUUGUACAUCAAUGAUCUGAGUAUGCACGACUCCAGCAGAGACCUGGUGCUGGCAGGCACCCAGCAGUCAGAGGAGCUGAAGAGAGCUCUCAUACAGGAGCAGAAGAAGUCCAGUAAGCUGGAGGAGAGUAUGAAGAUGUUGGACUACGAGAUGAAGAAGACUGAUGAUCUUCUUUACAGGAUGAUUCCCAAGCCAGUGGCCAAGAGGCUUCGCAAAGGAGAGCCAGCUGUAAACACUUGUGAGGUGUUCCCAGAUGUGACCAUUCUUUUCAGUGAUGUGGUGGGAUUUACUCGCAUUUGCAGCCACAUCACUCCAAUGCAGGUGGUCUCAAUGCUCAACACCAUGUACACGCUGUUUGACACGCUCAGCGAGAAGCACCGCGUCUUCAAGGUUGAGACAAUUGGUGAUGCCUACAUGGUCGUAGCCGGAGCUCCAGAGAAGACAAAGUAUCACGCUCAUAAUAUCUGUGACAUGGCCCUAGACAUGGUGCGCUCCAUAGACCACCUGAAGGACCCCUCAAAUGGCAAUAACAUACAGAUUCGUGUUGGGAUCCACUCUGGGAUGGUUGUGGCUGGUGUGGUGGGACAUAAGAUGCCCCGUUAUGGUCUGCACGGUGACACAGUCCACACUGCAUCCGCCAUGGAGAGCAAUGGAAAGGAGAUGCACAUUCAGCUCAGCAGUGCCACCUACGAGCACCUGAAAGGAAGUCACUUUAUUUUUGAAAGAAGGGGCAUUAUUACCAUCAAGGGUAAUGUUGAAAUUGAGACCUACUGGCUGAAAGGUAAGAGGGACAAAGAUGGUAAUGCGCAGGCAGCGUGUCCUCAGUUUGAGACUCAGACAAUCAGCAAGGCCAUCAGCAAGGCCAACAUCUCAAGCCCCGAGGAGAAAAGGGACGAGGAGAAACUGGUUUUCCCACUGGUUGCAGGCGAGGAUGAGGAUGAUGUCAAGUCUAUUCCCUCUCACCGUAUUAAGAUGGAGAUAUCUGGCCAUUUUCUGGAGGAGUCCUUGGAAGAGUGCCGCGUGGAGGAGAUGUCGGUUCAUAAGUCCCACUUUAAGGAUGCAUUGCAUGACGGUCUGCUGGACUCUCAUCUGGAAAUGGACUCACCUGAAUCUGAUGGUGGAGACUCCAUCAUAGAGUCCCGAAGCAGCUCCUGUGACUCCCACUCCUCCAAGAGUGCUAUGUGCACCUUGUCGUAAAUGUGACCCGAUCAUUAGUUAGUCAUUAG